AUGGGGCUCCUGAUGGCCAGAAAACAGCUGGGGCCCGAAAGCACUGCUGCUGCGGGCACGGAGGUCGCUGUACCUGUGCAACGAAGCGGGAUUCGAGUCUCGAAACCCAUGAAACGACCACACAUCUCAACUGCCAAGAAGCAGAAAGAUGCCAGCAAACGAGCUCAUCCAUACCCCCUCCCUCGCUCCCGAACGAUACAUGGAACCUCCGACCUGGCCCAUCUCUCGAUGGAGCAUCUCGGUGAAGGGUACUCCUCGCAGGGUGUCCCAUCAUACCAGGACCUCGUCACCAGUGCUCCCCGCCCCGUGCGGAGGGUGAAAUCUGAACACGGCUCCCCGGUCACAGAGAUAGCCGACAUGAAGUCGCAGCUCUCUCUGGACAUCCCCUAUCAGCAUUUUCCUGAUCAAGCCGGCAUCGUCAUGCCCAUCGUGGAUUACUCGCAACAAUCACCUGGUCUAUACUAUCCCUCCGAUAUCGAAUUUGGCUUCGAGGCGGCGAUCUCAAACGGACCAUCCAUCGACUGGUCCACUUUUGAUCUACCCUACGGAUCGGACGCAUACACUGCUACAUACAGCCAACCAGCAUCCUAUGCAAGCUAUGACUACAACACCUUUGGCCAUUCUGGUCUGGCUCGCUCAUCGUCUGGGGAUACCUCUGACGCCGAUGAUCUGCUGCCCAUUGUCGGCACCGGCUCUGAGGCUGGCAUGUACCAUCUAGGGAGCACCCCACCUUCCCACCUAGAUCUGCCCGCGCAAUUCCCCAUAUCGCAAACAUACGAACCUGCGGUGGAAUCUGUCCUUCACGCAAGCGAAAACGUCAAUGCCGCCCAGCCUGCUGCUCCUGCACCUGACGCCCCGCUUCCAGCCGAGCUAGGUCACUAUCACCAGACUCCGGGCUAUCCUGCAAGCGCAAAUCACAACUUCGUCGACGCCAACAACGCCACCAUAAUGAUGUCGCCUAGCACCUAUACCUCGGCCGGGACGAACGAGCCCCUUUGGGUCUCGACCUCGUUCCCUACCAUGAUGUCUCCCAUACCUAUCUCCGAACGACAGGCGCUGACCCCCGAUAUGUGGACCCACUGA